AUGCAAACCAGGAAAUGCUGGGAAAGCUGCAGUCUUUGUGGCUCGCAAGGAGACGACCCCUCCUCCCCCGGAGCCCAAAGAGGACCUCAGUGCAUCCUAAUGACCUGCGCUGUCUGGAUAUAUUCUUCCCUGAUUUCCUUCUUGCCCGUCAUGAAAGGCUGGAAUGAGAUACCCGGCGUGGAUUUUGACGCCAGCAGAGAGUGCGUCUUUGUCACCAACUGGGUUUUUGCCAUCGUAGCUUCAGCUCUGGCCUUCUUCAUCCCCUUCGCCAUCAUGUGCAGCAUGUACUUCUUCAUCUACCGCGCAUCGAGGCUCAAGGCCUCCCGGAUCGUGUCUCAGACCCUGGACCUUCACUACCACCCACAGAGUAAACGCCAGAACAGCUUGCAGCUGGAAAACAAGGCAACUUGCACAAUCAGCAUCCUCAUUUCCGUCUUCAUACUGUGUUGGCUGCCGUAUUUUGUCCUCAACGUAUGGUUAGCCACCAAAGGGUCAAAUUCCACCAGCAAAGUUCUUGUCGGCACCUUCAAGAUCAUCACCUGGCUGGGCUAUUGCAAUUCCACAAUCAACCCAAUGCUCUACGCUUUCCUCAACCGGGACUUUCAGCGCGCUCUGAAGAAACUGCUGGCCUGCAGGCGCAGGUCUCAAGUGGACAUGGUCGAGGAUAUCGUUUCGAUAGUUACGUUCACAAAGACGGCUCAAGACCCCAGAGUGCAAGGGGAAAGGAGAUCCGUGUUCUGCGGCUCUGAAUAACAAGGGCAGACACGACGGUCGCGCCCCCUGCUGCAACCUCUGCAAGUCUUCGCGCGUGCAG